AUGGACGCCUCCUCCCUCCGCAUCUCCAAGUUCGAUGGAACUAACUUCCACGCCUGGAAGUUCAAGAUGCAGAUGGUGCUGGAGGAACGGGACCUAUGGGAGGUCGUCAGCGGUGAGAUCAAGGCGGAACAGUGCGAGACUCAGUUGGACCAAGCGACGUACAAGAGGAAGUCAAGAAAGGCGAUGGCAGUGAUCUGUCUAGCCAUGGAAGAUUCCCAGCUACCGUUGGUCCGGUCGGCAAGUGGUGCAUGCGACGCAUGGUCAAGGUUGGAAGACCACUUCGAGAAGAAGAGUCUUGCCAACAAGCUGUUCUUGCGCCGUCGCUUCUUCACGACAAUGAUGGAAGAAGGCGACGAUGUACUCGAACACAUCAACAAGCUCAAGACGCUGGCGGAACAGCUAGAAGCGGUGGGGGCUCCAGUCUGCGAGGACGAUCUGGUGAUCACACUUCUCGGCAGCCUGAGUGACUCGUAUCAAUUCUUGAUCACAGCUUUGGAGUCGCGCUCAGACACUCUUAGCUGGGAGCUCGUGACGUCUCGACUGCUUCAUGAAGAAAUGAAGCGGAGGGAGCAAGGAAGUAAAGGUGAUGAAGCUUCGCAAGGUCAAGCGUUCAUCACAAGGGACAAUCAGCGCAAAGGGCGACCAGUGAAGAAGUCCUGGCCGUGCCACAAUUGCGGAAAGAUUGGUCACUGGAUGGCGGAGUGCCCCUCGCGCAUCCAAGAAAACACGGAGAGACACCGGCCACAGCGUGCUCAAGACAGCGGCGACCGCUAUCGAUCACAACGUGCAAACGUCGCUCAAGAAGAAGACUCGGGCGACUACCUCUUUUCGAUCGGUGAAACGACAUCUGCGAAAUCGAGCGACAUCUGGCUGGUCGACUCCGGGGCGACGCAGCACAUGACGUGCUCCAAGAAGUUCAUGCGGAACUACAAGGGGUUUGACGCUGUGGAUGUCCAUCUCGCGGAUGAUGGAAUCGUCCAAGCAAUCGGCAGUGGGGACAUUGUCAUGUCGAUGAAGACACCCCAAGGGAUGAAGAAAGGUGUGCUCACAAACGUGUGGCACAUCCCAAAGUUAUCCAGAAACCUGUUCUCGGUCGGCCGCUUCACCAAGGAUGUCGGCCCAGUGACGUUCACGAAGGAUGGGUGCUAUGGAAAAGCGAAAGGGACCAAGUGGAAAAUUGGUGCCCGUGAAGGUAAAGGACUGUUCAAGCUGCAAAUGACUCCAGUGGCGCCGGAACAAGCAAAUGCAGCCAAGUCGUCGGGAUGUCAAGGGGGCACCAAGUCGUACCUCUGGCACCUUCGGCUUGGCCACAUAGGUCACGAUGGACUCAAUUGCAUCGUGACGAAGAACAUUGGAAUUGGCAUCGACAUAUCUUCGGUGAAGAAGUGGGACGUGUGUGAAGGUUGUGCUCUGGGAAAACAGACUCGAGUGUGA